GCUGAAUGUCAACAUUAAAGAUGAAGAGGAGGAGAAAUCGGUUUCUCUUAGACAACUAGAAUUAAGUCUGAGUUCGGUAACAUCAAUAGUGAGGACAAACCCAGCCUGCCUCUCUCCUUCCACACUGAUUCCAAACCUACAGUCAUUGGGUCCUGAUUGUGACAGUGGAGCCCAGUUUGCUCUGCAGGAUCCAGAGAUGAAGCUGGAAGACUGCAGUCAGACAAUGGAGCUGAAUGUCAGCAUUAAAGAUGAAGAAGAUAAGAUAGAGAAAUCUCUUUCUCAAGGAGACCAUGUUGAGACAUUCUCUACAUCCAGAGAGAAACAGCAGGAAGAUCACAGAGCUAAGAGGUCUCACCACUGUCCACAUUGUGAGGAGAAUUUUUCACUUCUAUCAAAGCUACAAUUACAUGUAAAAAUACACACAGGAGAGAAUCUGUUUUCCUGUACUGACUGUGGGAAGAAUUUCACAACCUCAAAGGCUCUGACAGUUCAUCAGAGAGUGCACAGAGGAGAGAAGUCAUACCCCUGCUCUGACUGUGGAAAGAGUUUCUCUCAACUGUGCACCUUAAAAAGACAUGAACAUAUACAUACAGGAGAGAAGCCUUACUCCUGCUCUGACUGUGCGGCGAGUUUCUCUCAACUGUACAACUUAAAAAGACAUGAACGCAUACAUACAGGAGAGAAGACUUACUCCUGCUCUGACUGUGACAAAUGCUUCAAAAGAUCAACUGCUCUAAAGGUUCAUCAGAGAACACACACAGGAGAAAAGCUUUACUCCUGCUCUGACUGUGACAAAUGCUUCAAAAGAUCAACUGCUCUAAAGGUUCAUCAGAGAACACACACAGGAGAAAAGCCUUACUCCUGCUCUGACUGUGGAAGGAGUUUCUCUAAACUGUACAACUUAAAAACACAUGAACGUGUACAUACCGGAGAGAAGCCUUACUCCUGCUUUUACUGUGAAAAAAUCUUCAGAACAUCAUCUGAUCAAAAAGUUCACCAGAGAACACACACAGGAGAGAAGCCUUACUCCUGCUCUGACUGUGGAAAGCGAUACUCUCAACUGGGCCACUUAAAAACACAUGAACGUGUUCAUACAGGAAAGAAGCCUUACUCCUGCUCUGACUGUGAAAAAUGCUUAAAAACAUCCGCUGAGCAAAAAGUUCACCAGAGAACACACACAGGAGAGAAGCCUUACUCCUGCUCUGACUGUGAAAAAUGCUUCAAAACAUCAACUGAUCGAAAAGUUCAUCAGAGAAUACACACAGGAGAGAAGCCUUACUCCUGCUUUUACUGUGAAAAAUGCUUCAAAACAUCAACUGAUCGAAAAGUUCAUCAGAGAACACACACAGGAGAGAAGCCUUACUCCUGCUCUGACUGUGAAAAAUGCUUCAAAAGAUCAACUGCUCUAAAAGUUCAUCAGAGAAAUCACACAGGAGAUAAGCCUUACACCUGCUCUGACUGUGGAAAGAGUUUCUCUCAACUGGGCGACUUAAAAACACAUGAACGUAUACACACAGGAGAGAAGCCUUUCUCCUGCUCUGACUGUGAAAAAUGCUUCAAAACAUCAACUGAGCAAAAAGUUCACCAGAGAACACACACAGGAGAGAAGCCUUACUCCUGCUCUGGCUGUGGAAAGAGAUUCUCUCAACUGGGCCACUUAAGAAGACAUGAACUUAUACAUACAGGAGUGAAGCCUUACUCCUGCUCUGACUGUGGAAAGAGUUUCUCUCAACUGGGCGACUUAAAAACACAUGAACGUGUACAUACAGGAGAGAAGCCUUACUCCUGCUUUUACUGUGAAAAAAUCUUCAGAACAUCAACUGAGCAAAACGUUCAUCAGAGAACACACACAGGAGAGAAGCCAUACUCCUGCUCUGACUGUGGAAAGAGUUUCUCUAAACUGGGGGACUUAAAAACACAUGAACGUAUACACACAGGAGAGAAGCCUUACUCCUGCUCUGACUGUGGAAAGAGUUUCUCUAAACUGUACAACUUAAAAAGACAUGAACGUAUGCAUAUAGGAGUGAAGCCUUAAUCCUGCUCUGAUUGUGUAAAAUGUUUCACAGCAUCAACUGACCUAAAAGUUUGUCAGAACACACACUGGAGAGAAGCCUUACUACUGCUCUUAAUGCGGCAAGAGUUUCUCCCGAUUGGGAAAUGUAAAGACACACCAACGGAUACAUAGUUGACCGAAGUCUUAUCAAUGCACUGACUGUGAGAAGAUAUUCUACAGAUUGGGCCAUUUAAAAAGACACCAAUGUAUACAUAAAGGAGAGAAGCCUCAUCAGUUCUCUCAGACCAGCUAAGAUUAGACACUCCACUUCAUUCUCAUGUCAUUAAAUAAUUGGCAACAUUGAAUUGGAUCAAAUGAAGCGUAGAACGCUCUAUUGCAAAAUUUUAAAAAUAUAUAUUUAAAAAACAGUUAAGGACACCUGCUUUUUCCAUAGCAGACCAGGUGGGCUAAGGAAUGAAAACAUUGGAAACAUACUGCCUGGUCUGAUGAAUCCCUGUUCCUGCUGUUUCAUGCUGAUGGGAGGACUGGGGGAGGAAACCACGAGGACAUACAUCCAGUGGUGGAAAAAGUACCUAACUGUCAGACUGAGUGAAAGUAAUGAUACCUUUAAUAGAAAAUGACACAGGUAAAAGUGAGUCACCCAGUAAAAUACUACCUCAGUAAAAGUCUAAAAGCUUUUGGUUGUAUAUAUACUUAUGUAUUAAAAGUAAUUGCUAAAAUAUACUCCAUCAAAAGUAAAAGUAUGAAUAAUUUCAAAUUCCUUAAAUUAAGCAAACCAGACUGUACAACUGUGUUGUGUUUUUUUUAUAUAUAUUACAGAUAGACAUAAUUUACGAACGAUGCAUUUGUGUUUAGUGAGUCUUCCAGAUCAGAGGCAGUAGGAAUGACCAGGGAUGUUCUCUUGAUAAGUGCGUGAAUUGGACCAUUUUCUGUUCUGCUAAUCAUAAAAAAUGUAACAAGUACUUUUGGGUGUCAGGGAAAAUGUAUGUAGUAAAAAGUACAUUUUGUUUAGGAAUGUAGUGAAUUAAAAGUUGUCAAAAAAUAUAAAUAGUACAGAUACUACAAAAACUACUAAAGUAGUUCUUUAAAUCAUUUUUACUUCAGUACUUUACACCACUGCCUGCAUCCAUGCCGUGUGUCAGCAUUUCAGGCUGGUGGUGUGUUUUCAGGGCUCACAUUGGGCCCCUUGAUAAAAGUUGAACAAUGUUUGAAUGCCACGCGAUAUUGUGAGAGCAAAAUUGCAAGAUUACGUUAUAUUAGUUUAAUUUUAUCAAAUGGUUGUUUUAUGCAACAGAAUAGAGGGUUCUUAUAACUCUAUGGUUUCUGUGUGAACUGAAAAGUGGGCCUCUGGGAGAUUUAACACUGACAGAAGAUUUACAUUGUCUUGGGUUGAUAAACCUAACAAGACCGCAUUCCAUAGCAUGAGUUAAUGUUUCUGUCCUGAGGUACCAGGGGGAAAUGGCUCCAGUGUGGAGUUGGGGGGCCAGACCCUGGUCUCUAGACAAUGAGAAAUUAGUAUAUUUCAUAUGAAUCCUUACCUUGUGGCCCAUUUCAUAAAUCUGUUGUUUGUAAUGAACAUCCAGGAGGAUGGACUUUGCUAUAAAAAUGCUGUGGCUUAGUCCUGCUGGUUGGGCUCUCAACGAAUCACCUACGGUCAUUGACCAGCUCCAUUACUGCAGUAAUUAAUUAAUAAAGUUAGAUUGUUUUGAAGAAAUGUAUAAGUUUCUCCUUUUGAUUACAAUAAUUCCACCACAAUAUCUAAACAUCAUUGCCAAUCAGGUGCAUCCCUUCAUGGCGGCAGUGCAAAUGGAUUUUCUUUUCAUUAGGAUUAUGCCUUAUGCCACAAGGCUUGUCCAGGAAUGGUUCCAAGAACAUUACAGUGAAUUCAGCUCACGGAAGGAGAUGGAACAAGCUAUUCGGAGAAGAUCCACUCCCAGCCAACUUGACACGAUUGUAGGAAGCAUUGGAGUCAACAUGGACCAGCAUCCCUGUCGAACGCUCUCAACACCUUGGACAGUCCAUGCCCAAAGAUUUUAGGCUGACAUUCUAGAUGAUUCUGUGUAUCGUAAAUUCAAAUAAAGUUCACAUAAUAAUCAUUUCUAAAAUCUAACAAUUUGAAAUUAUAGCCUAUUUGGUAAUGACAGUCAUGACACUUUUUUUAACUGGUGCAUAAAUAUUUUAAAAGACUUUUGGAAGUGUGAUACUUAGAAUAAUGUCAAAAGUCUGGGUGUGAGAAUGCUUUAUAAAAUUAAAAGCUGAAAAAAUAGUGAGGUUAUUUAGUAUCUACUUAAUGGAUGUGAAAUAAACAUAUCUAAAUUAAAGUCUUCAAGACUAUUUACAUAAUCAACUGGGCAUUACGACAUCUAUAUAGUCUUGGGUAUAUAUUGAGCUCUAACAAAUGGUGUGUGUAAAAGGUCUGUUGAAAUGAAUACUGUAGUGGUGUGAGAAAGGUAACAAGCUUCCUCUCUGGUUCUAUUCUCCAAUAGUAACUGGGUCAUUAUUGAAUUGCAUGGGUAAUACUGUUUCUUGGCUUUGGUACGCUAUAAAACACUUAUUUAAUAAGAAAACACAAGCACUUUAUACUGAUAAACAUCUAUUUGUAUGCACUGUAGACAUCACUGGUGUCUAACGAAUGGGCUUGUCACCAUGGUGAUGUGUAGAGAUGUAGUGACAUGAAUUAAACAAAGACAUUCAGUAGAUCAAUAAAACUGCAGUAGUGUAUCUGGUCUCAAAGCUGAUGCUGAAAAACCAUGUCAGUGCUGAGGUCAAAUGUAAUGCUCAUUUACAUUUCCUGUUUGUUUCAGCUUCAUACAACCAGGAAUUAUUUAGCUUAAAACAGUUUUUAGUAUUUAAUGAUAGAGAAGCGAUUGAGCAGCACAAAUUCAUUCAAGUCCAACUUUAUUUUAUAUUGUCAGAUCAAUUAAGUUCAAUUGAGUAAUUCAAUCACAUUCAUAAUAAAAUACAAUUUAAUAAACAUGUAGUCAUUUCAUAGCCUGUGCAUCAGUAGUAAAAUGUAUCUACCCAAACCAGUGGUGAAAACUGAUCACACCAUCUAUGAUACAUGUAGUGUCUACCAGUUCAUUCUCACAGAAAGCUGAAAACAGCAUUUCCUAUCCACCCUCCCCCAGAUCAUUGUGACAACUGUAAUAAAACAGAGGGGAUUUCUUCCUUCACCAUCAUACCGGAAAGAACAUGCAUGUCAGGGGUAGAAUUUCCUGUAAAACAACAUUUGUGGUAUAUUUCCUGGCCAUGUGGUUAUUAUUUUGGAAGGUAUAAUACUCCUCCCACAGAUGAACAACUGGAUUGAGAUCUGGUGACUCGUCAGGCCACUGCAGUAAACUGAAUUCACUGUCAUGUUCUUGGAACCAUUCCUGGACAAGCCUUGUGGCAUAAUCCUGCUGAAGAAAUCUAUUUGCAGAUGGAUAAACUGCUGCCAUGAAGGGAGGCACCUGAUUGGCAAUGAUUCUUUAGAUAUCCUGUGGUAUUCAAACGUUGCUCCACUUUUAUCAAGGGACCAAAUAUGUGCCAUGAAAACACCCCACACCAUCACCACCAGCCUGUAAUGAUGACACACAGCAUGGAUACAUGUACUCAUGGUUUCCUCCAUACCCUAGUCCUCCCAUCAGCAUAAAACAGCAGGAACAGGGAUUCAUCAGACCAGGCAAUGUUGUUCAUAUUCAUUCUCCAGUGUCCAGUCUUUUCAUUCCUUUGCCCACUGCAACUGCAGUCUUGUUUUCUGCUGAAAGCUAAUGGGGAUCCAUAAUAAAAACUACAUUAAGGAUUAUAGCUUUCACCUGGGUUCACCUGGUCAGUCUAUGUCAUGGAAAGAGCAGGCGUCCUACCAGCUCAUUCCCACAGAAACCUGCAGAGGGAAGCAGUACCACCCAUUCAACCAUCAGACUCUAUUGUGAGACUGUCUCACAGAGGAUAUUCAACCCUAAAAGCAAAUUCAAGGUCAUCUCAAUAUCUUUACAGUAGAAGCUAACAAAACACACCAAAACUGACAAAGUGCACACAGAUCAGUAAAGAGAGGCUAACAUUCUAUAACGCUCCCUUUCCUCUGCAUUGUUCUCUCACAGUGAGAAACAAUAGGAUUACCAUAGUGUUCUACACUUUCUUCAUUUGAUCCAAUUCAACAUUGCCAAUUAUUUUAUGAGCUAAUGAAGUGGAGUGUCUAAUCUUAGCUGAUUUGAGAGAACUGAUGAGGCUUCUCUCCUUUAUGUAUACAUUGGUGUCUUUUUAAAUGGCCCAAUCUGUAGAUUCUCUUCUCACAGUCAGUGCAGUGAUGAGGCUUCUCUCCUGUGUGUAUACAUACAUUCAUGUCGUUUUAAGUGGCACAGUAGAGAGAAACUUGAUGCACAGUCAGAGCUGAUGUAAGGAUUCUCUCCUAUGUGUGUUGUCAUGACGUUGCCCUCUUUGGGUACAGCAAGCCCCAUCCCCCUCUCCCUGUCUCCUACACCUAGGCUGCUGUGGUCAGAGACAGGUCAUAAAUUCCUGGAGGAGAUUAUCUCCUCAUGGC